UAGCCUUAAGAGCCACGCACGCAGCCCUCGACGUGGCGCUCCGCCUAGGAGAAGAGCCUGGCGUCACGCGGGGAAAUCCGACACGCCCGAGGUGGCCACGUGGACCGUGUCAUUUACCAAAACAGAGCAGAGCACCGCAGUGCAGCGAGGCCGGGCUGCAGGGAUCCAAUGCAGCGCCACAACAACAUGCAUGCACAGCACGAUUCCCUGUUGACCAGGGCUAACAAACAGAUGUUUCAGGCAACUCUGCUUUCAUUGUUUCUAUUUGUCCAACACUACCAAACAGCUCCUCAGUCUUCAGGUCCUUACAGCUCUGAAUCGGAAACAGGAAAUGAUACGCUGACAUUAACUGUGCCUAAUCCUUUUGGAUCUAGUCAAGAAGAGCACAGACUUUUGCAGAGCUACAUCCAAAGCAGGUUUAGUGAAGGCCAUGGGAAUCCUGAUAAGAUGACAUGGGAGCAAGAGGUUUUCUCCAUAUUCUCCCUUCAUGACUAUGACAAAAGUGGACAGAUGGAUGGACUAGAGCUCAUGAAGAUGCUGUCAGAUUUUUUGUCCCAUCAUUACAUGCCCCAAACAUCUGCUGAAUCUGUUAUUCUGAUGGUUGAUGCUUUGCUGCAAACUCAAGAUGAUAAUCAAGAUGGUCUCCUAAAUCCCUCAGAGAUCUUAGCACGCACAGCAGAAGUGCCAGCAGUGAAUGUGCUUGACAAUGACAACACUCUUGCUAAAGAAGCAAUAUUACCUCCACACCUUAAGGAUGACUCAGAAAGGAACUUACAAGACAAUCUAAUACAGGAGGUGGAAUCUAUAUCACAUGAUUUAGAAAAAAAAGAUGAGGAUAGAAAUCAUGUAGAAUCUCAAGAUGAUCAAGUGCAGUUAGACAAUAAUUAGUAAUUUAUUAUGCGUUACAUAAAGAAUACAUAGCCAACAAGGCUAGUAUUCGUACAUUUUGAUAAGUUGCAAUGUGCAAUGAGAUAAAAACAUAUGGGAUUUAGCCAUUGUAUAGAACCAUUUUUAAUUCACAUCAUAAACCUUGACAGUAGGUUAUCUACUCUAAAAUCUAAUACACUGAAGUUUAAUCACCAGGGAUGUCAGUUGCAGUUGCUGCCUCUGACUAACUAUAUAACCCUGAGCAAUUCACUUUACCUCUCUGUGAUCCAAAUAUAAAAAAUACUUAUAAACAAUUUUACUGUACUUCUGUGUUUGUAAAGCGCCUUGGGAUGGUGUUCAUUUUAGAAAGAUCCAAUAUGAAAUAACUGUUGUUUAGUUUGCCUGACAUCUAACACUUUUGCCAUGAUCUUUGUUAAUUUGUUAAUACUCUAUAUUCUGCAUGUUACAGUCUGAUUAGGUUCAUGUUUGUCAGAAUAAACUCUGCAUUUUUCAUUUUGAAGUCACUUCAUCACAAUCAAUGGUAUAUAUUACUUUGCCACAUUAAAACUCCAUUUUGAAGUGAAGCAUAUUUUAUAAGUAUAAGGAAAAAACUAGCCCACUCUUGACUUUUUAUAAUGGAGGUGAAGGGUACCAGAGUCCCAUUAUUAAAAAUACCCUUAAAACUUUCCAAAUAUGUCCAUUUUUCAAGUCAGAAAUGUUUACUGAGUAUUGAGAUUACAUACAUAUUGCAAAACAGUGUAUCCAUGUCAUUUUAAGAAGGGAAAAAAGCAAAAUACUGCUUUGACAUUCAGCCAUUUUAAAAGGAGACCAACUGUGCACUGUACUUAAACUCUUGUCUUCCUUUAUGGCAACUUUAAGGGCCAGGGGCAUUGUAAUUUACAUUAUUGAGUGUUAAUGCCCAGAUGUGAAUUGCUGCUUCUGUUCUUUAGAUAUCUAGUCAAUAACAACUGAUUGCUUAUAUUUUUUCACUAUAUGCUUAUUUCAUUAUUUUGCAUGUGCUUUUCAGUGAGAGAGAAUAUUUUAAUGACCCAGGGAAUGGAAUUAUCUACUUCAAGCUGACUGCUGGUGAGUUGGCCCUAAAAAGUACUUUUUGGCUUUUUCAAUGACCACUUCCACCAUGCUGCCCAGAUUUCAGCGUACAUCAUUCUGUUAUUACAGUCCAAGGCAUAACAUAACCACUUGAGAAAUAGAAUUGCAGAAUCAAAAAUAGGAUUAUAAGCAGAAUAUACCUUGGGACAGGGAGCUUAUUGGGGUUGUCAUAAAUUCAUCCACAACAGCGGCUGCGGGCAGACAAAUGAUAAGGAAAUGUAUUUUUGACUCAAGAAAAAUAGUUUCAAGACUCUGUGACAAAAUUAUUAUUUCUAGUUUACAUUCCCAAUCACAAGGAUGCCUCAUAAACAUAGAAGGCAUGUUUCUUAAAACUGAAACCUUUGCUGCUUCAAAGUGGACCAUUUAGAUAAGUUUUAGUUUUAUCAUUGACCUGUUGACCCCAGUACCCUACAGUCCCUUUGUAAACUGCAAGAACAGACCAGGGGCCUCAUGUAUAAACGGUGCGUACGCACAGAAAUGUUGCGUAAGAACUUUUCCACGUUCAAAUCGC